CCGACUCGGCGUGUUUGUUGUUGUGAUGCACCAAUUCUCUGUAUUUCUGGAUCUGCAUGAUGUGUGGAAGUGGUCCAGCAGGUUUUCAGCUGCCAUCAGUCGAUGCUGCAGCAGAAAACAAGCAGACGCUCUUUUCUCUAAGAUCAGCUCAAGCUGUUGGAUCGCAUGUCGGUUUUAUCUCAACUGGUUUUAUCUUGGAAACUCCUGAAGAGCUUUUAGAGAUUUUCUGCUGUAAAACCGGAAAGAUUUCAGAUAAACCCGCUGUUUCACGUUCUGGAGUGAUUCGAUUUUUCACUCACAUCUUUAGGAUUAUUUGAAGAGAAUCAAAUCUAACAUGCCUGAUCAGACGGAACAUAAAAGGACUCUUGAUGGAAACUUUUGAGUUGAAUUGGGUAAGAAGCAGCAGAAACGGAUGGAAAUUUCCUCCAGCCUCACUAAUGCCUCAGUGUCGGUUAUGCAACCGACUUCCUGCAUUUAGACAAACCCAACAAGAGCGAACACGACAGGAGCCUCAACGGUCUCUGGUUGCUUUUAUUCUCCUUUUUAAUCACUUCUACAUGCCUGAAACUUUCCAUCAGCCGAAUCUUGGAGACAGAUAUUUCAUAACAUAAACAUAAUAAUCAGAAAAGGCCUGAUCACCAACAAAGAUCUGAUAACACCGUUUUUAUCUCUGACAUUUAAAUGUUAUUUUAUUAUUUCAUUACAUCUCUUAUUCAUUUUUAACUUCAAACAGGAUUGUUGCUUUUACAGUUUUCUCCGUAAAGUUUGAAAACUUUUGACUUUUGGAAAUUUUCUGAGAUUCAGAAGUCCAAAAUUUUCAACUUCAUGAGCUCAGAAAAUUUCUACGUUUUGUUCUGGAAAAUACGUGAAAUUGAAUAUUUAAACAACUGAUUUCGGUGUCGAAAAAUAAAGUAUGUUCUGAUGACACCAAGUUUCUUUAAAAAAAAACUUUUGCUGAGAGUAACACUUUAGAUCAGUUUAAGAAUAUUGUUUACCAUGGAAAAGUUUUGACCAAAUAAUUAUUCACGUCUAAUUAAUAAUGUCAAGAUGUCUUUCAUAUUUAGUUUAUACGCAAUUAAACUGAAUUUAUCAAGUUAUUUUAGAUUUGCUACUAUUAAAUAUUAUAACUUGUUUUAAUAAUUUGCAGUAAUUGAUUUGUUUGAGGCAGCUAUUUUUUAAUUUAAGUAAACCUGUUUUCCAUAUUCCCCAAAGACCUGGUACAAGUUAAGUUCACUCAUAUUUUUCAAUUAAAAGCAAUGUUACUAUUUACAGUGUACUGUAAUCUCAGGUGGCGGUAAUAGGCCGUAGAGUUGGUUGCCAACCGCUGUAAAAAGGACAAAAGUGAAAAAGAAAGUGAAAAUAAAAACCUGCAGCGGCUCCACCUCUAAUCUCAAACAAAAGAACGGCUGCUGUUUUCUCUGCUGCCUGAAACAGAGAUUCACUUUUAAAUUAACCUCAGGAACAGAAGGAGAGACGAGCUUCUCGCAGAGAGAAAAUGGCCUCCAGCUCUGAGAAGAAUCUUUUCUGCCCCAUCUGCCACAAAAUCUUCACAGAUCCUGUGGUUCUGUCGUGCAGCCACAGCUUCUGUCAAGCCUGCGUUCAGUCCUGGUGGAAGGAAAAGCAAAUAAACGAGUGUCCAGUUUGCAAGGAAAGGCCUCUGAGCAACCCGCCCAUCAGCUUGGCUUUGAGGAAUCUGUGUUUAGCGGAAAAAUCGAAGCUCUCUGCAGGAGCGGAGCCGGGUCUCUGCAGCCAGCACAACGAGAAGCUAAAGCUGUUCUGCCUGGAUCACCAGCAGUCCGUCUGCGUCGUCUGCAGGGACUCCAAAGCUCACAGCAACCACAAGUUUAGACCCAUCGACGAGGCGGCAGAGGAGCGCAGGGAGGAGGUCCGGGAGUCCCUCACGGCUCUGCGGGAAAAGCUGAAGCUCUUCGAAGAGGCGAAGGGGAACUGCGACCAAAACGCCAAACACAUCAAGAGCCAGAACAGAAACACAGAGAAGCAGAUCCGGGAUCAGUUCAAGACGUUUCACCAGCUUCUGCAGGAGGAAGAGGAGGCCCGCAUCGCUGCGCUGAGGGAGGAAGAGCGGCAGAAAAGCAAAGUGAUGAGGGAGGAAUCUGAAGCUCUCGGCAGGAUUAUGUCAGAUUUCUCCAACACAAUCAGAGAGAUGGAGAAGCAGCUGAAGGCCGACAGCGUUUCCUUCCUGCACUCCUACAAAGCUGCCUUGAAAACAGCGGAACAGCGCCGCCUGCAGGAGGACCCGAAACCGACCGCCGGCGCGCUCCUGGACGUGGCAAAACAUCUGGGCAACCUGAGCUUCAACAUCUGGAUCCAGAUGAAGGCGGCCGUCUGCUUCUCCACCGUGGUUCUGGACCCAAACACAGCUCACCCCGAGCUGAACCCGGACGACGACCUGAGCGCCGCGACGCACGGCGAGCGGCUCAAGCUGCCGGACAACCCGGAGCGGUUCAGCUGGUGCCGCGCCGUGCUCGGCUCCGGCGGGUUCACUUCCGGGUCGCACAGCUGGGAGGUCGAGGUCGGAGAAGGCGGCGGCUGGGAGGUGGGCGUGGCGGCGGAGUCCGCGAACAGGAAGGGGUCCGUCGGGUCGGGGUCGUGGAGGAUCGGUUUGGACGGCGCCUUUCUGGCCUUCUUCCCUCCAGGGAGAAGUUCGGUUCUGUCCGUCAAGCCGCCCCGGAGGAUCCAAGUCCAUCUGGACUGGGAGAGGGGGAAGCUGUCGUUCUCAGAUGCCGAUACCGGCGGAACCAUCCACACCUUCAGCCACGGCUUUACUGAGAAACUGUUUCCAUUUUUCAGCGUCAAGAAGGAGAAAACACUGAAAAUAUUAACAAAACCAGUUUCUGCCUCUGUGGGUCAGUGAUGGGAGGAAACCUCAGGAAAAUAAAGAAAUUACAGAUAAUAAGCAGCAAAAUAUCACCUGAUGACUGGAACCUUGUUUUCUCUCUAUGCCUGCAAAUUAUUUUCAUUUUCUUUGCCAUAUUAGGGCCAAAGUGGAGAACAUUUCCGGCCUGAAGCUCAGAAAUGUUCCGAUAAUAAUAAACAAGAACAGUUCACUCAAAAAAAUUAUUAAUCUCAGAAAUAUUUACAAAAAGGAAGAACAUUUCUGAGUUUAAAAAGUAAGAAAUCUGCAAGAAAAAACUCAAACAUUUUCUAGAAAAAUCUUGAAAAUUUCUUGAAAAUUUGGUAAAGAAUUGUUUUUUAGAUUAAAGAAUUUCUAAAGAAGCAAAAAAAAAAGGAAUUUCUGAGCUUGAAAAGUCUAAAAUUUCCUAAAUCUAAAAUUGAAAUAACAGAUAUGCUGUGUUAAAAUCAACUAUAGUUAUUCAAAUUCCUCUCGGCUUUGAUGAAUCUAGAUGAUGUUAUGUUUUUAUUUUUCUAUUUUCCAUAGAAAAAUCUGCAAAUAUUUUUCACAUUAUUUUUUUCUAGAAUUGUGUAAAUUAUUCUGUUUCCUCACUGUUAAACCAAUCAUGUCUAAAAGCUGAAAUACUGAAAGCUGGUUUCUCUGUGCCAUUGUGUUAUUUUAUUAUAACUCCCUGACAUUUGACGUAACUGACAUUAAAACAGUUGUGCUAUGCUAAAUCAAUGUAAUAUGGCUAAAUGUAUUGCUAAUAAAUACUUAC